AUAAAUUAAAUUUCUGCUCACACAGGUGUAACACACAGGGCUGUAUUCCCUGCAGAGCUACACAACACAGGUGCAUAAAUUAAUUUAUUCUGCCGUCGCAGCGAUGUGUCUCAGUGUGGAUGGAGCAGCGCCGGCACCAGACUCACAGAAUCACGAGGCUGGAAGAGACCUCCAAGCCCACCGAGUCCACCCUGUGCCCCACACCUCAACCAGACCACAGCACCAAGUGCCACCUCCAGUCCUUUUUUAAACACACCCGGGACGCUGACUCCACCACCUCCCUGCGAAGAGCAUUCCAGUGCUGUAUUAUUCUUUCGGUGAAUUUUUUUCCCCAAUAUCCAGCCUAUGCUUUCCCUGCCGCAGCUGAGGCCGCGUCCUCUGGCUCUGUCGGUGCUGGAGCACACCGAGCCCGGAGAGCAGCGGGGUCCCCGCCGAGCGCCCCCGGCUCCCGGGGAGCCCCCGGGCAGGGUUUGCGCUCCAGCCCCGCACCGGCCACACCGAAACGCCCCGGGGCGGCUGAGUCCCGCACCAGCACCGCCGGGACACCGGGAAUGACACCAGCGGGAGCGACACCGGGACACGGCGGGACACCGGGAACGGGACACCGGGACAUGGCGGGACACCGGGAACGGGACACCGGGACACGGCGGGACACCGGGAACGGGACACCGGGAGCGACACCGGGACACCAGGAAUGACAACACCGGGAGCGACACCGGGCAGGGGGCGUGUCCCGUGGGCGUGUCCUGUCAGUUGUCCCCGCCCCCGCGGUGCGGGCGCUCUCGCGCGCUCUCGCGAUACCCGUUCGAACGGGCGGCGGGCGGGCUCCCUCAGAGGGCCCGGCCCCGCCAUGCCGCUGCGGCCGCGGCUGCUCCGCACCUACUCGCGGCGCGCCGGCUACCUGCGCAUGCUGCCACCGCCCGACCGAUGGAUCUCGCCGCCGCAGGACCGCAGGCGCCUCUUCAGCUCGACCUCCGCCGCCUCCAGCACCGCCUCCAGCGCCCUCUCCGCUUCCAGCGCCUGCUCCAUCCCCUCGGACGACCCCGACUUCUCGCCGCCCGGCGAGCGCCCCCCGCAGCCCCUGGGUAAGCGCCCCGGCUGGGCCGCGCGGCUGCGGACCCGCAGGAAGGAGAACCGGGGCCCGGCCGGGAAGGAGAACCAGAAACCGGCCGAGAAGGAGAACCGGAAACCGGAGACCCGCGGGAGAGGGCAGGAGACCCGGGGCCGGGCAAAGGAGAAGCGGGAGGCGGCGGGGAAGAAGAAGUGGAGCCAGGGCGCAGAGCCCCGCGGGAGCAGCGAGGAGCCCCGGCGGUCGCCGCCGCCGCUGCCCUCGCCGUGCCCGUCCCCGCCGCGCGGUUCCCGCCGCCGCCGCCGCCGCUCGCCCGUGAGACUCAGCUCGCUCCUGCUCAGCACCACCAUCGAGGGCGGCUCGGCGCUGGGCGAUUCCCCCUCGCGGCACCGGCUGCCCCACGGCUCGCCCGAGGGCUGCUCCGGGCAGCGGCCGUCGCUGCUGGGUGCUGGCGAGGAGGUGCCCGAGUGGUUCCGGGCACAAGGCUUGGCUCGGAGCUGUGAGCCCCAGCCCGGGCUGCGGGGGUCCCGCCGUGUUCUGAGGUCGGCGGUGCGGGGACACUGCCCGGCACAAGCUGCCCCGUCCCCAGUGAAAGCCCCAAGCAGUCCCCAGGGAGCGCUGCCGCCACUGGAGGAUGAGCCACAGCUCCCUGUGCCCUGUGACAGCGGCACUCGUGAGGUUCCCUCUCAUCUCACGAGAGAUUUGGCCAAAAGAGGCUCCAGCUGUCAGAGAGACUUAGUCAAGGAGUACCAGCUUGUGCCAGUGGUGGUCCUGGACCCUCUGGAAGUGCCAGUGAGAUUGAAGAGCAUGAAACUCAGCAAAAAGGCUGAUGUUCAACCUGCCUGCUUGCAGCUAGGAUCUCCCGUGGGCCACCAAGGAAUCUUGGAGAAAAAGCACAAAAGGACCAAGGGUGUCCCUGGGGAGGGCAGUACCUGCAGGAAAGCUUGUAUCAGUGGCUUCAGUGCCAGCCGCUGGGGCAGGCACACCCAGCUCAGGCCAAGAAGGUGCAAGAACAAGAGGCAGCAGCAGCCCAAUAACUCCCUUUUCAGACUCCAGACGAGGCAAAAACGAGCUCGGAAGGGAGCUCUGGACAUGUCUGUAGGUGUCAGAAACAAUGACUCUUCACUCCUCAAUAACUCUUAUUCCUGGGCUAGAGUUCGAGCAUCCCUGUCCUUCCAUAAAAAGAAGAAAGUGACCACAGAUGAGAGUUUCUGCAGCAGCAUCCUCUGCACCCCUUCAGGGAAAUCCCAGCUUUCGGGGUACCAAGCCAGCCUGUCUGCUGGGAAAGCUCAGGGCUGCUCCUGGCUUGCUUCCUCCAUGGUCCUGCUGGCUCCCAGGGAUUCCUCCUCUGUCCUGGAGCUGCUCCUUACAGAUGCUGAGAAAGUGUUUGGAGAAUGCAACCAGGAGGGGCCUAUUGCUUUUGAGGAAUGCAUUCCUUUAAAUAAGAUGAAAUAUUGCAAGAAAAUUGGAGAAGGGGUGUUUGGAGAGGUGUUCCAGAUUGACAGCGAGAGAGGACCUGUGGCCUUAAAAAUAAUUCCCAUUGAGGGGACUGAAAAAGUAAAUGGUGAAGCUCAGAAGAGCUUUGGGGAGAUUCUGCCUGAGGUAAUAAUCUCAAAAGAGCUCAGUCUUCUGUCUGAGGGCUCUGUGAACAGAACUGUGGGGUUCAUCAGCCUCUACUCUGUGCACUGUGUCCAGGGGGCCUAUCCCAGGUAUCUCCUGGAAGCCUGGGACAAAUUCCACAAAGAAACAGGCUCAGAAAACGACCGGCCAGACUUUUUUGGGGCUCAGCAGCUCUUCAUGGUGCUGGAGUUUGAGUUUGGAGGCCAGGACCUGGAGCGCAUGAGGAGCAGCUUCUCCUCGGUGACAUCAGCCAGGAGCAUCCUGCACCAGGUGACCGCGUCCCUGGCCGUGGCAGAGCAGGAGCUGCACUUCGAGCACAGGGACCUGCACUGGGGGAACGUGCUGGUCAAAAGCACAGAGCUGAGAGAGCUGCACUACGUGCUGAACGGAGAAACGCACUCCAUCCCCACGGCUGGCAUCCACGUCAACAUCAUCGACUACACGCUGUCCCGCCUGGAGAAGGACGGGCUCACCGUCUUCUGCGACCUCUCCACGGACCUGGAGCUCUUCCAAGGCACUGGGGACCACCAGUUUGACAUCUACAGGCAGAUGAAAGAGGAGAACUCCAACAGCUGGACUGACUACCACCCCCACAGCAACGUCCUCUGGCUGCACUACCUGGCUGAUAAACUUUUGAAAGCCAUGAGCUACAAGAAGAAGGCGUCAACUCCCGCCCUGAAGAAAAUCAAGACGCAGCUCAGCAAGUUCCACAAGGAAGUGCUGACCUUUGAGUCUGCCCAUGAUGUUCUGCACCACAGCAGCCUCUUCCAGUGAGCAGGAGUCCAAAGAC